AUGGGACUUUGUCAUGGAAAACCCUCUGAGCCCCCGAAAAAUUUCUCUGAAAAUCUCCCAGGUGAAAACAAUGAGCCUCCACUCAAUUCUUCAACUGGGAAGACACCCAAGUUCCCAUUUUUCAGCCCAAGUCCACUGCAUAGUGCAUUCAAGAAUUCCCCUGCAUACUCUAGCAGUGUCCCUUCAACCCCUUUGCGAUUCCUUAAGCGCCCAUUCCCACCACCAUCACCAGCUAAGCAUAUUAAGGCAUUGCUCACGAGGCGACAUGGCUCCGUGAAGACUAAUGAGGCUACUAUACCUGAAGGGAGUGAGUGUGAGAUUAUUGGCUUGGACAAGAAUUUUGGGUUCUCCAAGAAUUUCAUCAACCACUUUGAGCUUGGGGAAGAGGUGGGAAGGGGUCAUUUUGGGUACACUUGUUCAGCUAAGGGAAAGAGGGAUAGCUUGAAGGGCCAGGAUGUGGCUGUUAAAGUUAUUCCAAAAUCAAAGAUGACUACGCCCAUUGCCAUUGAAGACAUUAGAAGAGAAGUGAAGAUACUACGUGCACUAACAGGACAUAAGAAUUUAGUGAAAUUCUACAAUGCCUAUGAGGAUGAAGAUAAUGUUUAUAUGGUGAUGGAAUUAUGCACAGGAGGAGAAUUAUUGGAUAGGAUACUUUCUAGGGGCGGCAAAUACUCAGAAGAAGAUGCCAAAGUUGUCAUGAUACAGAUUUUAAGUGUGGUUUCUUAUUGUCAUCUUCAAGGUGUGGUUCACCGUGACCUAAAACCAGAGAAUUUUCUCUUUUCUUCAAAAGAAGAUCACUCUGCUCUAAAGGCCAUUGACUUUGGGCUCUCUGAUUAUGUAAAGCCAGAUGAGAGGCUGAAUGAUAUUGUUGGAAGUGCUUACUAUGUGGCCCCUGAAGUUUUGCAUAGAUCGUAUGGAACAGAAGCCGACAUGUGGAGUAUUGGUGUGAUUGCUUAUAUACUACUUUGUGGAAGCAGACCCUUCUGGGCUCGGACAGAAUCUGGAAUAUUCCGAGCUGUCCUAAAGGCUGAACCGAGCUUUGAUGAAGCCCCAUGGCCUUCAUUAUCUUCUGACGCGAUAGAUUUUGUUAAGAAAUUAUUGAACAAGGAUUACCGUAAAAGAAUAACAGCAGCUCAGGCACUCAGUCAUCCAUGGCUGGCUGGACACCAAGAUGUGAAGAUACCUCUGGAUAUUCUAACAUAUAAGCUUGUUAAAGCUUAUAUAUGUUCUUCUUCUCUGAGAAGAUCAGCCUUAGCGGCUCUUGCAAAAACAUUGACAAUAUCACAGCUAGCAUAUCUCCGAGAACAGUUCAUAUUAGUAGCACCUAACAAAAGCGGGUUUAUAUCCCUGCAUAAUUUGAAGACGGCAGUGGCAAAGAACUCCACUGAUGCAAUGAAGGAUUCACGGGUUCUAGAUUAUGUCAAUGUGGUGAGUUCUCUUCAAUACAAAAAAUUGGACUUCGAAGAAUUUUGUGCAGCAGCAAUAAGCGUACAUCAGCUCGAAGGAAUGGAAAGCUGGGAGCAACACGCACGCCGUGCCUACGAGUUUUUCGAGAAGGAUGGUAACCGGCCCAUUAUGAUUCAGGAACUUGCUUCGGAACUUGGACUUAGUCCAUCUGUACCAAUCCAUGUAGUUCUACAGGAUUGGAUAAGACACUCUGAUGGUAACCUCAGCUUCUUGGGGUUCGUCAGACUUCUGCAUGGAGUUUCUUCUCGGGCAGCUCAUAAGGCAUGA